CGCUUUAACUUAAACGGUAGCGCUUUUGCUCCAUGCUCCCAGGAGCUGCAUCCGGGCAUCGGACAUCACCUGUAUCGAGGAACAGGAGGUCUUUUAAAAUGUUUCGUUGUUUUGUUAUUCCCGGUUGAUGAAACGCUCGUCUCCCGUGUGUUGGUUAAAAGGCUGCCCCUCAGCUCGAACAGACCCGUCAAACCAUGAACUUCGUGGGCCAGUUGGCGGGCCAGGUGUUUGUCCAGGUCAAAGAGCUGUACCGAGGCCUCAAUCCCGCCACCCUCUCUGGCUGCAUCGACGUCAUUGUUGUGAGACAGCCCGAUGGCUCCCUGCAGUGCUCGCCAUUCCACGUGCGCUUUGGCAAGCUGGGGGUCCUACGGUCCCGAGAGAAAGUGGUGGACAUGGAAAUCAACGGAGAACCAGUAGAUCUCCACAUGAAGCUCGGGGAGAACGGCGAGGCGUUUUUUGUGCAAGAAACAGAAAAUGAUCAGGAAGUGGUUCCCUCCUACCUGGCCACCUCUCCUAUCCUAUCAGAUGGACCCGUUUUGAAGGGGAAGACCUCCGGGACACCCAUACAGAAUCUGUGCUCCGUGGCAAGCAAUGGCGAGAACAGUAAUGUGAUGAUGAAGAAAAGGAGGAAGAGGAGGAGGAAGGCUCGGGCGGACAGCCUUAGGAGAGAGGAAAGUGGAGACUACUCCGCGGACGAAGACAUGUUCCCCAUAGACAUCAGCUCGGAUGAAGUGGCAGAAAUGGAGAGCAACAGGUCUUCAUCUCGGGAUGUCUCUAGAGAGGAGAACACAGUUGGUUCGACCAACAGUUCUUUCAAACAGGCUGGCAUGUACACUCGUUCAGAUGGGGAGUGGAGUCCCAUUCAGAGUCCUGGAAACUCUCGCCCCACAUCUCCCAAGAGUGAUUCUGAGCUAAUUGGCAAACCGUCAAACACAGACAAUCAGAAUCCAGAAAUGCACUGGGCGUGGGGAGAGCUGCCUCAGGCCGCCAUGCCAUCUGUUCUUCCACUGAAGUCCAGCCCUCCACCAGUUUGCCCCGUAUCUAUCCCGGUGUCUGAAAGCACGCACUUCCGUGUGAUUACGCCUGAGGUGUCUUCGGAACAGUGCGGAUCCUGCUCGGAAAUACCAGCACUGCGACUGCUGAUGCCGACAGAGACGAUGCACACAGAGGAAAUGGUCGUCGCAGUUGGGCCGGAUGCAGAAUCCAUUGGGAUGGAGUCUCAAACAGUAACUUCGGAGAUGCAAGUUACAACAGCGGGAGGCGUGGCAGCUCGUAUGGUGGCUGACAUGGAGGACACUUCACCUCGUCCACAAGGCAAAGCAGACUCUCCGUCAAAGAAAAAAGAUAAAAGGAGUCGCCAUCUUGGUUCUGAUGGAAUUUAUCUGGACGACAUCACUGAGCUUGAACCGGAAGUGGCAGCCCUUUAUUUUCCUAAGAGUGACAUUGGUGCAACAGUGAGGAGCAUCUCAGAUCCGGGCCUCCACAGCACCAGUCAGUCUCCUCAGUCUGUAAGCUCUGGAGGAGACAGUGGAGUAGACAGUUACUGCGAUCCCAUGUCUGACCUGCCAUCAAUUGCCAUCUCUUUGUGUGGGGGGCUCAAUGACAACAGGGAGAUCACGAAAGAGCAAUUUUAUAAGAAGACCGUGUCCUAUCAGCAGUUCACAGAGAACCCCUCUAUCAUCGACGACCCCAACUUAGUGGUGAAAAUUGGCUCAGAGUACUAUAAUUGGAACACUGCAGCUCCGCUUGUGCUGGCUAUGCAAGCCUUUCAGAAGCCUCUGCCAAAGGCUGCAGUGGAGAACAUUAUGAAGGAGAAGAUGCCCAAGAAAGGAGGAAGGUGGUGGUUCUCCUGGAGAAGCAGGAACAGCAGUGCCAAAUCGGAUUCAGCCUCUGAGCGUGGGGCCUGUUGCACUGCUGAGCAGGUUGGGAAUAUGACAAGCAGACUGAAAGAAGAGUCAUCCUCUAGUGAUGAGGACCACCGGGAAGCCAAGCAGAACUCUUCCCCCAUACAGACAGAGCCGGUACUCACAACGGGAGGCGUGUCUUAUAAGAAAACUCUCCGACUCACAUCAGAGCAGCUGCUGUCUCUUCAGUUGCAAGACGGGCCUAACGAUGUCAUGUUUAGCGUCACCACUCAGUACCAGGGAACCUGUCGCUGUCAAGGCACCAUCUACCUCUGGAACUGGGAUGACAAGAUAAUUAUCUCCGACAUAGAUGGAACCAUUACCAGGUCAGACACAUUAGGUCAUAUCCUGCCCACACUCGGGAAAGACUGGACACACCAGGGGAUUGCUCAGCUGUACCACAAAGUCAGCCAAAAUGGCUACAAGUUCCUGUACUGCUCAGCCCGAGCGAUCGGCAUGGCUGACAUGACUAGAGGUUACCUCAACUGGGUCAACGAGAGAGGCACUAUGCUUCCUAUGGGCCCCGUCCUCUUGAGCCCGAGCAGCCUCUUUUCAGCUCUGCACAGGGAGGUGAUAGAGAAGAAGCCGGAGAAGUUCAAGGUGGAGUGUCUCACUGAUAUCAAGAACCUCUUCUACCCCAACAAGCAGCCGUUCUACGCAGCAUUCGGCAACAGACCGACGGAUGUAUACUCAUACAAAGAAGUUGGGGUGUCACUAAACAGGAUUUUUACAGUGAACCCCAAAGGGGAGCUGGUGCAGGAGCACGCCAAGACCAACAUCUCAUCCUACGUACGUUUGUGCGAGGUCGUUGACCACGUGUUUCCGCUGAAGGCCCGAGCGUCCUCCUCUGACUUCCCCUGCUCGGACACCUACAGCCACUUCACCUACUGGAGGGAGCAGUUCCCCCUGGUGGAGAGUCAGGAAACUACACCUCAACAGACCGCCAGCUCCAGCAGCUGACCGACUACCUCUGGCCUUCGGAGCAAGGACUGAAUGAUGGUGUGCUUGAGAUGUAGCAGAGGGUUGGAGAAUGAUGUGUGCGAGUGUAUAAUUGUUGAGUUUUUGUUUUGUUUUUUCAACAGAAGAUGGAGCACUUUAUAAGUGGACAGCAGAGAGUAAAACUAGUAAACGAGUAAAGCAAUCUGCUGUGAAUAGUCUUAAUGCACAAGAUGGAUAUAAGCGCACUUUUAUUAAAAGAUGGACUUUGGGGUCAUCUGACUAAAAGUAUGUAUGUGUAGUAAGGAAUAAAAUAUUAGUAUUUUAUUCAGGCAGCUUAGUAUGGAUACUAUUUUAUAGGGAGUGUUGACAAUAUAUCAGUAGCUAGACUACAAUCUAUGACCUACACAGUUCUUUAACACACACUAUAGCCUAACUAUGGCCUCUGUUUAUCAUAACGAGAGAGCAGGUUACUUAAAUUUGUGCCAAAUAGUCAACGUGGAAUUUAUUUUCUUACUGUGAUCAUCUGCUCUGCAGGGCCAGAAAUGGUGUAAACAUUUCCACAUACAUACAUGGCUUCAAUUAAAACAGUAUAGUUAAACCAGCAUCUUCAGUUGAAGUCUACAUUUGGCGUUAUUUCUGCGUUUAUUUAUAUAUUUAUUUAACCGAUGCCAUUUUUUGUCCUCUUUAGUUUACACACAGCCUUCAAUCAGCAUGGAAGUGCAGCUCUCCACAUGCAUUUGUACUAUGUAGCAACACAUAUGUGAGGCGACCGAGCCAGUGAGUGUCAGGACAGAAAAGCACAACACUUUAAAUCAUCGUCUUCCUCUAAAAUUCAAGACUGUCGUUAUCUGCGAGAGGGAUUGGUGAAAUAUUUGUUUUUCUAUUCAAAGUCUGCAUGUGUUGUGGUGAGAAUGUGAUUUCAGUUUGUGAGGUGCAGUUUUUAGCCUUUUUGUUAUAGUUCAUCUAGUCUACGUUACUGUAUAAGAUGCAGACUGUGUAAGAUGUAGCGUACACUUCUGCUACUGCUAGCAGCUAAGAGAGGUCAUAGUAUUUUAAGAAAAAAAGGGUCUUUAUAUCAUAUAAAUCCACAGAUAAUGCGGUCAUAUGAAUAUGUAAACAGGGACUGAGUCACCUAACAAAUAAAAUUGGCAGAGUAUUAUCAGCCUGUAGUAUAGUUUCUAAGAGAUGGUGUGUGUGUGUGUGUGUGUGUGUGUGUACAUAAUGCUUUAACAAUGCUAUUAUUCUUUCAAUGAAAGAGCUAAAGUAGCGUGAAAUUGUUUUUAUUUUUGCCUUAGCUGUGAACGUGAUCUGCAUUUUGCUCUCUUUUGAACAGUUGCUUGUUAAACUGGCGCAGUCGGACUCAUUAAUGACAUUGGGGUAAACACUUUAUGUGUGAAUAAAACAAUAAAGACUCCUCUGCUUGCCUAACUCAUGAGAUGAUCAUUGUUCGGCAACAAAAAAAAUACAUAAAUAAAAUAAAGAUUUAUAAAAA